GUAAGUUCUAAAGCAGAGCUGCGGCUUCGGGUAAGUAAGUCGAAAACAGUCAUCUACAGAACCUCAUAUAAGCGUUAUACCCGGGAAAUUCGAGAGUAGUGGAGUAGGCUGGCUUUCAGUUACCGGAGAGACUGACACACAAGAGGAGAGGGAAGUUAGAAAGGAAAAAAAAGAAGAGAGGAAGGAGGAGAAGAGGGGAAGGAGGAGAAGAGGGAAGGAGAAGAAGUGGGAAGGAGAAGGAGAAGAAGAGGGAAGGAGAGGAGAAGGAGGAAUAUCGAAAACGGAUAAAGGGUCGGAAGUGAAGACAAAAUGGUGUGUCUCUGUUGCUGCUGUGACCCGCAUAAGCUGGCCUAUAUUUCAGGCAUCAUUACUGCUAUAGAGGCGGUGGUCUUCGCAGCGCUAAACAUAGUGCUGAUAUGUAUGAAUAAAUGCUAUAUCAAACCGCCAGGCACGUUACCACCCCAGAUCAGUAACUUUUGGUCAUGGUAUUUCUUCGACACCGGGGCAGAAACAUGCAACGGCGUCAUUUUCACCGAAGUGGACCCCUACCCAAUCAACUCCACAGAACGACUCUCUCAAACAACAACCGAGGAGAACUACAAGUAUCAGAUCGCAUACCUGGUUCUCCAUGUGCUGUGGUUUUUCUCCUGCUUCAUCAUGAUCUACGGUAACGCCAGGAAACGAUGGGGUUUUUACUUGCCGUGGCUUCUAAUAACCCUUUCUCUGCUCAUUAUGGAUGUCACCGUCUCCUCAUUCUUCAUUGAUGAUAUAAUGCUCUUGGAUAUCGAUUUUCAAGCGGUCAUCGACGUGGGGCCGAUGUUGCUGGCAGUAAGCUUGUACUUUCGAGGAUUCGCCAUCUGGCUCAUUAAUCUCGUGGAGUUCGGGACUGUCAUGAACGCGUUUUGCAAGUCUCAUCAUAAGAGAUCCAAGCAGGAGAGGCAGAAGAAGAAACUAGAGAAGAAGCAAAGAGCUGAGCAGUUUCACCAGGAAGCCUCCCAAGCAGGAAGAAAAGCAGUAGCAGGAGCAGGUGGUGCAGCAGCAGUGGCCGACUCGGCAUUCGGGAACUACCCCCGUGGCCAAGGAGUGACCCAGUACCACGCCUCUGCGCCGCCACACGUCGCCGGCGAUGGCCACGUCAACCCAGUCUUCGACCCGGAUCACCCGCCAGUGUAUCCCAACCAGCCAGCACCCGUGCCGAGAGAGCUGCCGAAAGUGCCGACGGAGCUUCGCCCCUUCUCGUACCUCAACCCGGGCUUCCGGCCUACGCACCCGCACGACGUGGACGGCAUGAAGGCAGGCGCGUUGGCGCAGGUCGAGCGCGGUUACCUUUCUGACGACGGAGGUCCUCGGAGAUCACCCUCAUAUUACCCCGAUGCGCCGCCCUCGGACAACUUCCCCAAACGCCACGAUUCGCUGAGAAGCUUGCCAGUCCAGCAGGAGCCUCCCCCGCUUCGCCGCUACGCCUCCAGCCGCGACCCUGGCCGCCCCGGCCUCGGGAGCAGCCCUGCAUACGACCCGCGACCACCAACCAUACUGCCACGGGUGAAUCUGAAGGCAGGACCCUCCCCCAUGAGAGGUUUUGAAAGCCACGCCCCUCGAGACUACGGCCCGCCCCCUAGUCGAAAGGAUGUUAUUUACUUUUAACAUCAGAACAACUGAACAAUGGAACAGCUGAACGUAACUUAGUGGGGGGCUGUUGUAUGGAGGUAAUCUUGGUUAACGCGGUGGAUUUUUUUUAUUUUUUAUUCUCUUUCUGUGUAUAUGGAGAAAUUUAUCAUAUAGCCCAGUUGUUAAAUGUACUAACCUUUGAUCAUGGUUUGUUUUUCUCUAAUAUGGCUUUCUUUCUUUCUUUUUUCCUACUUGUAAAACAGUGUCUCUAAUUGUCUGAGAAUGUCAAAUGGGGCGUAAUGUUUUAAGAUCACAGACACAGAUGCACACAGACGCACGCACGCACACACACACACACACACACACACACACACACACACACACACACACACACACACACACACACACACACACACACACACACACACAUAUACACACACACAUAUACACACACACACAAAUAUAUGCAUGUAUGUAUGUAUGUUUGUACAUUUCAUAUACACCGUUUUUCCCAACUUACGGGCCGCACCACUGUCCAUCACAAAUUGUUAUGAAAAGGCUUGACAAAUAGCUCACCAAAAUAAAACCUUCCUACUACUAUCAUGUGAUUGAAAAAUCAUUGAAGCUGGAAGACUUCCGAUUAUUGAUAAACUUAAGAGCUGUCUGAAUGCGUAUAUCAUCAGUAGAAUCACCGUAUUGAACACUAAAUUUCCCUUAAGAUUUAUUUGAUAUAUUCUGUUACACAUAAAAACAAUAUACCUUUUGAUAAAAAAAACAAGCAAAAAAUGCUGAAGAUAAAUAAAAUACAUUCCCAAUGAUCUAAAGUUGAUACAGAUUAAUUAGUCCGGUAUAAUCCCAUAUGGGCACUUACAUGCAAAAAAUUUUUCCAGAAUUAAAUGUCAGUGUAUUCUGUGUUGUGGACUUUAAUGCUAUUUAUAAUACCAAAUAAAUGAUUUAAGUUGUCCCUAUUUUUGAGCAGUAAGUAAAACUACGGAUAUUUUGCGCCAGGAAAUAGUCCGCAUCAGUUACCAGAGUAAUAAUGCCUACACCCAAUAUACAUAUAGAUAUAGAUAUAAAUAUAGAUAUAUAUGUAUGUAUAUAUGUAUCUUAUACAACUAAUUGAAAAAUUUAUAUCAUUAUAAGGUAAGAAUGUAAGUUUUGUAAUAAAUUGUAGAUGUAUAUUUCGAGGAAAGAUGAGACAUUCAUAUUUCUAGUCAAGUCAACUUCUGUAUUUACUGAUAUUGCUUUACAGUGCCAUUAACACAGAUCUUUUACCUUCUCUCCGAGUAUUGUGGCAUCUAACAGAUAUUCUUUUUUUUUAUUAUGAAUUACUUUUCCUUUAAUGUGGGCAUAUGUAUGUAAAUCAUAUCAUUCAAUGUAUAUACUUUCCCUGUCUCAAGCACAAACACAAAGGUGUACACACAUACACACACACACACACACACACACACACACACACACACACACACACACACACACACACACACACACACACACACACACACACACACACAUAAAAAAAAAAAAAAUUGAAAGAGAGAUGUACACAUAUGUAAAUUAACUGCAGUAACCACUCCAGCCACAUGUAAUGUAUCAAAAUAUAUGGAUAUUAUAUGUAGUGGUCCCAUUGUCAUAUCCUUUAUACCUUUCAGAUAUUUAAUCAUAGUUGCCUCUGGGAAACCACACUCAAAGCUGUGUUUAAUUAUCUAUCUGUUAUUUAAUACAACUAAUUCUUUAUAUUGGAUUCUGGUUUUAUAGUUAAAAUAAACCUGACAGAGAAAGUUAGAGGAAAGGGAAAACCAAUUCCCUCUUUCAUAAUCUAUAAGGCAAAACAACGGAAAAAUGCUCCAUUGCAAGAUACAAGAAGAAUCAAGAAAUGUCAAGUUUUGGUACGAAACAUCAGUUGGUGGACUGUGGAUUUGUCUAAAUUGUUCCUAAGUAUUAUAGGUUAUAUAUUAAUGUCAAUGAGUUUACUUGUGUCAUAUAAUAAGAAGUAAAACAUCAAACAAUUGUCAAAUGAAUUAAACAGAUUCAGAAAA